CAUCAAGAAGGAUAAACGCUUCCCCUGUAGCUUGGAAAGCAAUUUGCUGGGGCUGUUGCUUUUGGGAAUUUGCUGUCACUUCUCCCACUCCUCCUUGUGAGCGUAAAUGGAGGGAGUAAUGCUGCAGAGCUUCAUAAUUCAUCCAACAACACUGUCAGUUACGUCAUUCAAGCCCACUAAGCUACUUCUAUCACCAAGAAGAUUACCAUCAAUAUCUCUCACUUUUAACCAAGAAAGCCCCAUUUUCUCCUUGCAUCACCAUCGUUAUACCCCUUUUCUAUCCCCUCCUUCUUAUACUACUUCUACUUAUUGUCUAUUAUCCAUUGGUUCCUCUGCCACUCACUCUCCUGCUUUUCUUUCUGGCAGUAAAGUCUUGCUUGCCGCACCUGAGGUGGGAGUUAGUACUGAAACAAGUGAAUGGGCAAUGCCAGAUUUCUAUACUCUGAGGAGGAAUGUAGAGGUUACAUCAGAGCGUGUAGAAGAAAUUAGGGCUGCUGCUGGUCUUAAGCAACUAGAGGAAGAUCUUGCAAAAUUGGAGGAUGCUGCCGUAGAUAGCUCUCUUUGGGAUGAUCGUGCUAAAGCUCAGGAAAUACUUCAGGAUCUGACAGAUGUCAGAGACAGAAUGAAGCUUCUCAAUGACUUUAAAGCACGGAUUGAAGAUGCAGAAACAAUAGUAAAGCUUACUGAGGAGAUGGACUCCAUUGAUACAGGCCUUCUGGAGGAGGCUGUUAGUAUUAUUAAGGACUUGAACAAGGCAUUGGACCAUUUUGAGUUUACACAACUUCUAUCUGGCCCAUACGACAAAGAAGGUGCUGUUAUUAAUAUUACAGCCGGUGCAGGGGGUACUGAUGCACAGGAUUGGGCUGACAUGCUUCUUAGGAUGUAUGUAAGAUGGGCUGAGAAGCAAAAGUACAAAACAAAAGUGGUUGAGAAAUCACUUGGAGAUGAAGCUGGAAUUAAAUCAGCUACAAUUGAAGUUGAAGGCCGAUAUGCCUACGGGUACUUGUCUGGGGAAAAAGGCACCCAUCGCAUUGUGAGACAGUCACCUUUUAAUGCCAAAGGCCUUCGGCAGACAAGCUUCUCAGGUAUUGAAGUCAUGCCUCUUAUACCUGAGUCAAUGGAUGUUGAAAUACCAGAAGAAGACUUGGAAAUCACUUUCUCCAGGGCUGGUGGGAAAGGAGGCCAGAAUGUUAACAAGGUCGAAACUGCAGUUCGCAUUACUCAUAUCCCCACUGGUGUAACUGUUCGUUGCACAGAAGAGAGAACCCAGCUUGCAAACAAGAUCAAGGCUCUAGGCCGGCUGAAAGCUAAACUGUUGGUGAUAGCUGAGGAACAAAGGGCAUCUGAGAUCAAGCAAAUUAGGGGGGAUGCAGUGAAGGCUGAAUGGGGUCAACAAAUACGGAACUACGUAUUCCAUCCAUACAAAUUGGUAAAAGAUGUGCGUACAGGAUAUGAAACCUCUGACAUUACUUCUGUUAUGGAUGGGGAAUUGGAUCUCUUCAUCAAAUCUUACCUCAAGUACAAGUACAGCACAUCGGUCUCGAAUAAUCAAGAGUAAUUCUUGAAUGCAUGAUCAAUUCGAUAGUUGUAUAUGUUGUCUUUUAAGGUAAAGGAAACUUAAGGGUACUUAGUUGGCUAGAAAAACUUGCAAUUACUAUUUUGUAGCUAGUGAAAAUAUUAUUGUGGUACAGCGUUAUGCUCCCUAGCCUAUCCUUAGAUCAGCUGCCUGACUAGUUCCAUUAAACAACUUCUUGCUUAUAUUUUUGGAUCCAAAAAGGGAAAUCUACAGGAUUAAUUUAGCUGGCCAGGAACUCCUAGGUGGUUAAUGUGCAAAACAACGAGGCAUCAUGCAACAAAGCAUGAAUCUCCUUUGUCAUCACUGAGUCCUGUACUUCAUCCUUUCAUCAAUAGAAUAAGUGUAGAGUUGCAGUUACACUUUUCA